AUGUUCGCGACGCUGAAGUUUGCGGCGUUGUUGCUCGCGCUUGUUGUCUGCCGGGCAGCGCAAGAUUAUGAUUAUAAUGACGCUGAAAUGGACGAGGAGCCUACUGAUUCUCAGUAUGGAUCUCUUUGGCCGUUGCCUCAGAAAGUCCAAAUAUCCACGGUAGUAUUCAAACUCAGCGGUGCUAACUUCCAUAUAAUCGACGCUAAAGAAUCGUCUUCUGGUGCAAGCUGCAUACUUCUUCAAAAUGCAUAUAGAAGGUAAGACGGCUGAGUCAUGUGAAUAAUAGGCAUCAGCAUGCUUUCAUGAUUUGUUUGUUUUGCUUGAACUCCUUUUAAAGUGGCAAUAUACGGUUGCUACAGCAACUGUUUUACUUUUAAAUGAAUGUACCCAUUGAUUCUUGAAGAAUAUAACUUAUAAUUGCCUCAUGAGUUUAUGAAUUUGAGUGGUUACAUUUCUCCAGCCCCAACCCAAAGCUGUUUACCCCAAAAUGUGGUGCUUAUUGUUGUUUGAACUGCAGAUGACCAUUUUAAUAAUUAACGUUUGCUUUAAAUGCCGGUAGUCACGUUUGAUUUAAUUAGGCCUACAGAUGUAUCAAUCUGAAAGUUUUUCAGAAGUACGAGAAAUUAAUGUAUAAAUAAAAAUGACUUGCCACUGAAGUAUAUUAUGGAUAGAAAUUCCCCUUACAUUCCUUCUCUUCCUGGGGUUCUAGACCAAUCGUCACAUAAACAACAUCAAAUCAAAUGUAUUGGUCACAUACACAUGGUUAGCAGAUGUUAUUACGAAUGUAGCGAAAUGCUUGUGCUUCUAGUUCCGACAGUGCAGUAAUAUCUAGCAAGUAAUAUCUACAGUUCCACAAGAAAUAUCUAAUACACAUGACAUACACUGGUUUUGUUCCUCCUAACUUCUCCUUCAGGUAUGAUGAGUACAUCUUUACCAGUUCCAGAAAGCAAGGGCAAAACAAGAGCAAGAAGGCAUUGGCCUCUGACAUAUCUGAAUUACAGGUGUGGAUCACGUCAGCUGACUCGGAGUGUGACAGCUACCCCAGUGUGACAUCUGACGAAUCAUGUGAGUGCCCAGGCAUGGUGUUUGUCUUCCAUUUACAUUUACAUUUUAGUCAUUUAGCAGACGCUCUUAUCCAGAGCGACUUACAGUUAGUGAGUGCACACAUUAUUUUAUAUACUGGCCCCCCGUGGGAAUCAAACCCACAACCCUGGCGUUGCAAACGCCAUGCUCUACCAACUGAGGUACAUCCCUGCCGGCCAUUCCCUCCCCUACCCUGGACGACGCUGGGCCAAUUGUGCGCCGCCCUGGAUUCGAACCAGGAUCUCUAGUGGCACAGCUAGCACUGCGAUGCAGUUCCUUAGACCACUGCACCACUCGGGAGGCCAUUUCCAUUUUAGUCAUUUAGCAGACACUCUUAUCCAGAGCGACUUACAAUUAUAAUGCAUUCAUCUUAUGGUAGCUAGGAGAGACAACUACAUAUUUCAGUCAUAAUAUGUACAUUUUACCCCAAUAAAACCGCUAUCAGCAAAGUCAGUGCUAGUAAGAAAAGACAAGUGCGAGUGCUGGUGUUCUAAGACAGGGUCCGUAUGCACAAAGACUUUGAGUGUGCUCAUACAGGAUCUGAUUUCUAAAGCAUAUGGUCAGGGGGGACCUAAUCCUAGAUCAGCACUUCUGAGUCUCUGUGACUACGGACCCAUGUUUUCAAGUUUUGGACUGAAGCAGGAUACAUGCAAAUGGCAGAGACUUCAGUAGUAUAAUGGAGGGGCCUCCCCAGAGGGAUUGAGGAUCGGGGUCUCAUCAUCCCACACCAGUGUUUAGGGGAGUAUUAUCCUGUAGUACGGCUUAAGUCUGCCAGUAUAUUAUACGUCAGUAGUCGACCGAGAGGGAGACCCAUUGGAUGAGAUGGUCAGAAGGGAGGGACCUCUGACCUUCUCAUCCAAUGGGUUUUGAGAAGGAGUUGAGGAGAGCAGACGCGAGGAAUCAAGGAAAUGCAAUUGAGAUUAUCCUACGGAGGGAUUACCUGGAUUGUCUUGGGAGAUAAUGGGUUUAUUCUAUGUUCAGAUCUUUGUUGUAAAGACCCUUAGCUACUUUUUCAUGAAUGCACACCAGUAGUACACAUGCAAGUUUGGUCAUAGACGAGUUUCAAGGCCCCAAACUAAUAGAGAAGUGAAUGUAUUUACUCACACAUCAAAGAAGAAACAUUCACUUACCUGGAUGGAUGACAAAUGCAUGUCUUUGAAUCAAUAGGCAUUAUCAGAUGUUUAAAAAAAUUAAUAAAAACAUAGGACUUACUGUGUUCUCUCUGCCUUUCCACAGACGAACUGUCAGUGGACUCUCCUGUUGCUGUGCUGAAAGCACCUAAGGUGUGGGGAGCUCUAAGAGGUAGGGUCCUUCGCUUUUAUUCACACACACACACACACACACAGAGGUAGGGGUCAUGGCUUUUAUUCUACACACUAUGUUUAUAUUCUGAUGAAGAGGUUUGUUCAAGACCGUCACUUCUUCCUCUAUUUUCGUACUGUAAUAACCCUUUAUUGUUCUGCGUGCUUAGAACAUUUCACUUGUUUCAUAACCCUUGUGCAACUUUUGUGGUUGCCUUACAGAGUUUCUUGUGUCUAGACCUUGAGAGCUACAGAAAGUACUUACUCCAUAAGUGUUGCAAUGUAUUCAUUGGCUAUGUCAUAGCUAAUGUCAUAGCUCAUUUCUAAACGAUAAAUAUUGAUACAUUGAUACUAGCUCAAACACUUCAUCUGCAAAAAUGACAAGUUAAUUCAGAACCAAAGUGUGUGUGUGUGUGUGUGUGUGUGUGUGUGUGUGGGGGGGGGGGGGGGGGGGGGGGGGUAGAGGCCUAGUCUCCCUUAUGGCUCAACACAGGAGCCUACAUAGUACAUACACCAUAGACAUACAUCAUUUACACACACACACACACACACAACUCACAUCAAACCGAAUCUCACAAAUCAUUUCAAACUAAACUAAAACGUAUCUUUCCUGUAUCGUAUCGGAGCCCAUACAUCCUGGAAAGAUGCACAUCUCUAGUUGUAAAGCAUGUGUUUGCAAUCAUGUUGCGAUUGUGACUCUGUUGAUUAACCAUUGUCUAUGUGCUAGGUCUGGAGACUUUUAGCCAGUUGGUGUAUAAGGAUGAAUAUGGAGCAGUAAGUUUGCAUUAGUGCCAUGUGAUUAUAUGUAAAUAGUUUAAAUUGUAGCAAUUUUUCAAUAAUACUUUAAUUUUGCAUUUCUUUUUUUUUCACAGAAAAGCAUCAAUAGGACAGACAUUCACGACUUCCCACGGUUUGCACAUCGAGGCCUCUUAUUGGACACCUCUCGUCACUUCCUGCCCAUCAAAGUCAUCUUAGCCAAUCUGGUGAGAGGAUGAUACAUAGAUCCUGAUUUCAGUUCACUUUGUUAUGGUUAAAUGUUUGUGUUGGCCAUAUGAUCAAAUCAUUUUCCAUUUCUGUUAAUGACAUAACAUAACGUUAUACUCAUAACAUCUUGUUCUCCCCCGAUCCAUACACAGGAAGCCAUGGCGUGGAACAAAUUCAAUGUUUUCCACUGGCACAUAGUAGAUGACCCCUCCUUCCCCUACCUGAGCCGUACCUUCCCCCAGCUGAGUCAACAGGUGAGUGUGGUGGGCGUUGUUAUUGAUAUCUUGGUCCCAUUUCAGCUGCUAUGCCUUCAGUUUUCACACACCUGAAAGGACUAGAUGAUUGAAGGUGAUAUAGCGAAAGUGAAAAGGAUAGGGUCGGAGCUUCACAAAGCCUAUUGGAGGGCUAGGUAGAGCCAUCAUAUUGCUAACACAUCUGUAAUCAUAGAUGUAGGGAUAUAUAACCAGUCUAAACUUCAUUGUGAUCAUGAAGUACAGUACAUGUCCAUAAAUUAUGCAUGUUUUAUAUAGAUGUCAAUUGUGUGUAGAUAACUUUUUCUAUUGCAUGACUGCAGGGAGCAUACCACCCAUACACACAUGUGUACACGCCUUCUGAUGUGAAGAUGAUAAUCGAGUUUGCUCGCCUCAGGGGCAUUCGGGUUGUCCCUGAGUUUGACACCCCUGGGCACACUCAGUCAUGGGGCAAAGGUGAAUGUGGGGUCAUUCAGAUUAACAUUUUCUGGCUGUAUCGAGGGGUUCAUUUCUAUGGGGUCAGGGUAGUCUUUUGUCUUUAAGACAUGCACAUUUUCAUAAUCUUUUUGUAAGAAUUUAACUGAAAAAUGCAGCUACCUGAUAUUGCAUUAGUUUUAUCUGCACCAAAUGACUCCUCUUGCCUCUCGAAUGCACCCCUCUCACUCAUGCCCUUCCAGGGCAGAAGGACCUGCUGACCCCCUGUUACUCUGGAGCCAGCCCCUCUGGUUCGUUCGGACCAGUCAACCCCAUCCUCAACACCACCUAUGACUUUAUGAGCAUGUUCUUCAAGGAAGUCAGCACAGUGUUCCCUGAUGCCUACGUCCAUCUGGGAGGAGACGAGGUCGACUUCAGCUGCUGGUGAGACAGGGACAUUUAACAUGCACUUUCCAAUGGGAGUUACAGUUAACAUAUUCAGCACCCACUGAACCACAGACUCCUCAUCCACUACAAAGUUAUAUGACCACAAUAAUUGUCAAUAGCCAACAGCCAUGUGAUACUGGCUUGUUUGACAGUCAAUGGAAAUUAAUCACAGAAACAGUACUGUAGGCUGUGUCUUGGCCAACAUCAUGGCUACCCGGACUAUUUGCACUGCCCCCCCACCCCAUCCUUUUUACGCUGCUGCUACUCUGUUAAUUAUUUAUGCAUAGUCACUUUAACUCUACCCACAUGUACAUAUUACUUCAACUAUCUCAACUAGCCGGUGCCCCCGCACAUUGACUCUGCACCGGUACCCCCCUGUAUAUAUAGCCUCCCUACUGUUAUUUUAUUUUACUUCUGCUCUUUUUUUCUCAACACUUUUUUUGUUGUUGUUUUUAUUUUUACUUUUUUUGUUAAAAAUAAAUGCACUGUUGGUUAAGGGCUGUAAGUAAGCAUUUCACUGUAAUGUCUGCACCUGUUGUAUUUGGCGCAUGUGACCAAUACAAUUUGAUUUGAUUUGAUCAAGCACAUCAAUAAAAACACUUCUACUUUCUGCCUCUGAUCCACAGGAAGUCCAACCCUGACAUCCAGAAGUUCAUGGAGCAGCAAGGCUUUGGGACGGACUACAGCAAGCUGGAAUCGUUCUACAUCCAGAGGUGUGGCUUCAUUCAGACAUGGCCUUAAAGUUAAACAAAUUACGUUGAUCAGACAUUCGGCCAACCUGAGAAACCGUAACUUAUCCAUAUAUUGUCAAAGAUUUCCACUCCUUGAUUUCCACUCUUUUUUUUCUGAAGCUUAAUUAUUCACAUUAUCAUGUGGUUAUUUUCUGUCACGUGAUAGGCUCUUGGAUAUUGUCACCACUACCAACAAGGGCUACAUGAUCUGGCAGGAGGUAUUUGACAAUGGAGUAAAGGUAACUGAACAACAGCAGUUAUCAGCACUGAAAGAGAGAAAAGCAGCCACUCUGAUGUUUCUGAAAUCAAAUUCUGAUAUUUCUAUAAUCAAAAUAUCUUCAGUUACCUUACUCACUUCUUGCCUGGUGUUUACAUAGUAGUACAUUUAGCUUCAUGGCUUGGCUUCUAUAGUUUCCCCCCUGUUAGUAUUAGCUUUUCCUUUCCAACUCUAUCUGAUAACAACCAGACCUUGGUUCACAUACUUAAAGUCUAUGUACAGUGUAUCUGUGCCUGUUUGAGCUUGCCUGGAUGAAUAGACCAAUACAAAAGUCCCAAAACGGAAAAUACCACCCAUCUGGCACUCCAGGCAGAGAGGGGAUUCAAUUAAGCUUAAUCGAAUUCCCUCAGACUCAAGCAAACGCUCAAAGUAUUUGAAUCGAUCGGCUAUUUGAAACCCAAGUCUGACCACCACAUCCACAAAUAAUACACAGACAAACAUGUUUUCUGAGUCUAACAAAUCAGUGUAAUACUUGCAGUUGAAGUCGGACACGGUAGUGCAUGUGUGGAUGGGGAACAAGGUGGAGGAGGAGCUUCAGAAGGUGACAGAGGCAGGCUUCACCACCAUCCUCUCUGCCCCCUGGUACCUAGACUACAUUAGCUACGGACAGGACUGGCAGAAGUACUACAGGGCCGAGCCGCUGGGCUUCAAGGGUCAGUUGUCUUCAUCAGAUGGUGUUUUUAUACUCCCAACGUGUAAAAAUCUAAAGGACAGUGUUCCAGGAGAGAUGGAAAUUGCUCUGAUUUUUUUGGCCUAACACUCCAAAGCUGAAAAUGCCAAAAUAGUGCUUAAAAACUGAAAGACCUCACUCAACAGGUUUGCGCUUGAAUAUUGUACAGCUGUAUCGAAAUGUCUGCUCUCUGGGCGAAAGUUGUGUUGUACAGAGAUGGUCACUGUUGGAAGGUGGGUUUGGCACUAUUUUGUUGUGGCAUUAGCUCUUGGUGGUUUUGAGAGCAGCCUAUUCAGUUGAAAAAGUGUCUUGUUUACAUCUAUUACAAAUGUUUCUCCAUCCUGGUCCUGGGGACCCAAAGGGGUACUUUUGUUUUUGCCUUAGCACUACACACCUGAUUUAUAUCAUCAAAGCUUGAUGAUGAGUUGAUCAUUUGAAUCAGCUGUUUAUUUCUAGGAAAAAUCUAAAAUACCCCUUUGGGUCCCCAGGACCAUUAUUGAGAAACACUGUAUUACAACAUUGACAGGUGGCCCGAAAUAUAAAUUUUCAUAGCUUGUUGCAAUGCAUUACUUUCCAGAUACUAUCCCUGACAAUUCCUACAUUGUCAGUUAUUUUCCUUUCUAUACAUGUUCACUUGGCAUUCAUAAUGCAUUGUUUCCCAGCUGCACAAUGCUUCUCUUAUAUCAGGGUUACAUUCAAGAUCAGCAACACUGUAACAUGUUAAACAUUGUGAGCAAGAAGUGGACAUACAGUGCAUUCGGAAAGUAUUUAGACACCUUCCUUUUUUCCACAUUUUGUUACGUUACAGCCUUAUACUAAAAUGGAUUUCAAUUAUUAUUUUUAUUUUUUUACAAUUCUCAUCAAUCUACACACAAUACCCCAUACUGACAAAUGUAUUAAAAAUAAAAAACUGAAAUACCUUAUUUACAUAAGUAUUCAGACCCUUUGCUAUGAGACUCAGAAUUGGGCUCCGGCGCUUCCUGUUUCCAUUGAUCAUCCUUGAGAUGUUUCUACAACUUGAUUGGAGUCCACCUGUGGCAAAUUCAAUUGAUUGGACAUGAUUUGGAAAGGCACACACCUGUCUAAAUAAGGUCCCACAGUUGACAGUGCAUGUCAGAGCAAAAACCAAGCCAUAAGGUCGAAUGAAUUGUCCAUAGAGCUCUGAGACAGGAUUGUGUCGAGACACAGAUCUGAGAAAGGGUACCAAAAAAUGUCUGCAGCAUUGAAGUUCCCCAAGAACACAGUGGCCUCCAUCAUUCUUAAAUGGAAGAAGUUUGGAACCACCAAGACCCUUCCUAGAGCUGGCCGCCGGGCCAAACUGAGCAAUCGGGGGAGAAGGGCCUUGGUCAGGGAGGUGACCAAGAACCCGAUGGCCAUUCUGACAGAGCUCCAGAGUUCCUCUGCGGAGAUGGGAGAACAUUCCAGAAGGACAACCAUCUCUGCAGCUCUCCACCAAUCAGGCCUUCAUGGUAGAGUGGCCAGACGGAAGCCACUCCUAAGUAAAGGGCACAUGAAAGGCCGCUUGGAGUUUGCCAAAAGGCACCUAAAGGACUCUCAGACCAUGAGAAAAAAUAUUCUCUGGUCUGAUGAAACCAAGAUUGAACUCUUUGGCCUGAAUGCCAAGCGUCACGUAUGGAGGAAACCUGGCACCAUCCCUACGGUGAAGCAUGGUGGUGGCAGCAUCAUGCUGUGGGGAUGUUUUUCAGCGGCAGGGAAUGGGAGACUAGUCAGGAUUGAGGGAAAGAUGAACGGAGCAAAGUACAGAGAGGUCCUUGAUGAAAACCUGCACCAGAGCGCUCAGGACCUCAGACUGGGCCGAAGGUUCACCAUCCAACAGGACAACGAUCCUAAGCACACAGCCAAGACAACGCAGAAGUGGCUUCGGGACAAGUCUCAAUGUCUGAGUGGCCCAGCCAAAGGCCGGACUUGAACCCGAUCUAACAUCUCUGGAGAGACCUGAAAAUAGCUGUGCAGCAAUUCUCCCCAUCUAACCUGACAGAGUUUGAGAGGAUCUGCACAGAAUAAUGGGAGAAACUCCCCAAAUACAGGUGUGCCAAGCUUGUAGCGUUAUACUCAAGAAGACUCGAGGCUGUAAUCACUGCCAAAGGUGCUUCAACAAAGUACUGAGUAAAGGGUCUGAAUACUUAUGUAAAUGUCAUAUUUCCAUUUUUUAUUUUUAAUACAUUCCCAAAAAUGUAUAAACCUGUUUUUGCUUUGUCAUUAUGGGGAUAUUGUAACUUAACAAAAAUUUGGAAAUAGUCAAGGGGUCUGAAUACUUUCCGAAUGCACUGUAAAACCUUACAAAUGCAGGCAACUUUGGAACUUUGCUCCAUCUGUAUUGUGAUGUCUACCACGAAGAGAUACAAACACCAAUGCACUGAUGAAAACCACUCCACCGGAAGCAUCUUGCAAGAGGAAAGCUCCUUCAAUUGGUCCCUGCUCUGUGGUUUUGCAUCUUGAAUGUACCCUGAUGCAAGCUUAUCCAUGGAGAGCUCUGCUGUGGCAUUUGUUUUAAAUGUCUUUCUCCCCCAAAAAUACUACUCUACACUAAUUAGUGCUAAUAAUACUCCUAAAUACUAAGGCUAUUUCUCAACCACAUGUUGCAUGUGUAUCUAUGUGUGUCUACUGUACACUACCGGUCAAAGGUUUUAGAACACCUACUCAUUCAAGGGUUUUUCUUUUAUUUUUACUAUUUUCUACAUUGUAGAAUAAUAGUGAAGACAUCAAAACUAUGAAAUAACGCAUGUGAAAUCAUGUAGUAACCAAAAAAAAAAAAGGUAUGAAACAAAUCAAAAUAUAUUUUAUAUUUGAGAUUCUUCAAAUAGCCACCUUUCCUUGAUGACAGCUUUGCAUAUUCUUGGCAUUCUCUCAACUAGCUUCACCUGGAAUGCUUUUCCAACAGUCUUGAAGGAGUUACCACGUAUACGUAUGCUGAGCACUUGUUGGCUGCUUUUCCUUCACUCUGCGGUCCGACUCAUCCCAAACCAUCUAAAUUUGGUUGAGGUCGGGGGAUUGUGGAGGCCAGGUCAUCUGAUGCAGCACUCCAUCACUCUCCUUCUUGGUCAUAUAGCCCUUACACAGCCUGGAGGUGUGUUGGGUCAUUGUCCUGUUGAAAAACAAAUGAUAGUCCCACUAAGCCCAAACCAGAUGGGAUGGCAUAUCGCUGCAGAAUGCUGUGGGAGCCAUGCUGGUUAAGUGUGCCUUGAAUUCUAAAUAAAUCACAGACAGUGUCACCAGCAAAGCACCCCCACACCAUAACACCUCCUCCUCCAUGCUUUACGGUGGGAAAUAUACAUGCGGAGAUCAUCCGUUCACCCACACCGCGUCUCACAAAGACAAGGCGGUUGGAACCAAAAAUCUCUAAUUUGGACUCCAGACCAAAGGACACAUUUCCACCGGUCUAAUGUCCAUUGCUCGUGUUUCUUGUUCCAAGCAAGUCUCUUCUUAUUAUUGGUGUCCUUUUAGUAGUGGUUUCUUUGCAGCAAUUCGACCAUGAAGGCCUGAUUCACACAGUCUCCUUUGAACAGUUGAUGUUGAGAUGUGUCUGUUACCUGAACUCUGUGAAGCAUUUAUUUGGGCUGCAAUUUCUGAGGCUGGUAACUCUAAUGAACUUAUCCUCUGCAGCAGAGGUUCCUCUGGGUCUUCCAUUCCUGUGGUGGUCCUCAUGAUAGCCAGGUUCAUCAUAGCGCUUGAUGGUUUUUGUGAUUGCACUUGAAGAAACCUUCAAAGUUCUUGAUGUUCCGUAUUUACUGACCUUCAUGUCUCAAAGUAAUGAUGGACUGUCAUUUCUCUCUGCUUAUUUAUAUGCCAUAAUAUGGACUUGGUCUUUUACCAAAUAGGGCUAUCUUCUGUAUACCCCCCUACCUUGUCACAACACAACUGAUUGGCUCAAACGCAUUAAGAAGGAAAUAAACUUUGUUUAGCACUUUUUUGGUUACUACAUGAUUCCAUAUGUGUUAUUUCAUAGUUUUGAUGUCUUCACUAUUAUUCUACAAUGUAGAAAAUAGUAAAAAUAAAGAAAAACCCUUGAAUGAGUAGGUGUCCUAAAACUUUUGACCGGUAGUGUAUGUAGCUGAAGGCAGACUCACUAAUCCAUGUGUGGAAAGGCAACCAGCAGCAGUACCAGGCUGAGAUGACGAGGGUCACAGCAUCAGGCUACCAGACCCUGCUCUCCACACCCUGGUACCACAACCGCAUCUCCUAAUGCCAGGACUGGCAGGCCGCUUACAAGGCCGACCCACAGAACUUCAAUGGUGUGUCCCCUAUAUGGCUGCAUUUACACAGGCAGAUCAAUUCUGAAAAUGUUGUCCAAUAAUUGGUCUUGUGACCAAUAACAUCAGAUCUUUUUCAGAGAUGAUGUGAUUGGUCAAAUGACCAAUUUGGAAAAAAAGAUCAGAAUUGGUCUGCCUGUGUAAACGCAGCCUAUCUAAAUGCUUUGGAGAGAGGCUUUAUUUCUGGGAAAGUACUAUUCCUCGGCUCUUUUCUUUGCUGUGUUGGUAUGACUCGUGCAUCCUCAAUGUCCAACUUAUUUGGUUCUUGUUGAUUUUAAGGUUUGAGGAGUUUUUAGUUGGUCAUUUUACACACUGGCCCAACACUCAUCACAAUAUCCAGUGGUGUAAAGUACUUAAGUAAAAAUACUUUAAAGUACUACUUAAGUCAUUUUUUGAAUCUGUACAUUACUUUACUAUUUAUAUUUUGGACUACUUUUACUUUUACUACACUACAUUCCUAAAGAAAAUAAUGUACUUUUUACUCCAUACAUUUUCCCUGAUACCUAAAAAUACUUGUUACAUUUUGAAUGCUUAGCAGGACAGGAAAAUUGUCCAAUUCACGCACUUAUCAAGAGAACAUCCCUGGUCAUCCCUACUACCUGAUCUGGCGGACUCACUAAACACAAAUGCUUCUUUUGUAAAUGAUGUCUGAGUGUUGGAGUGUGCCCCUGGCUAUCUGUAAAUGGAAAAAAAAUAAUAAUAAUUGUGCUGCCUGGUUUGCUUAAUAUAAGGAAUUUGAAAUGAUUUGAUACUUUAACUUUUGAUACUUAAGUAUAUUUAAAACUAAAUACUUUGACUUUUACUCAAGCAGUAUUUUACUGGGUGACUUUCACUUUUACUUGAGUCAUUUUCUAUUAACGUAUCUUUACUUUUACUCAAGUACGACAAUUGGGUACUUUUUCCACCACUGACAAUACUUCACUCUAUAUUAACAGUAGGGCAGCAAAGACCAAUACAGUGAUUGACUUGCUUUUAUGGUUUGUGAUUAAGAAAUACUUUGCCUGGCCCCUGGCCCUCCUGUUCUAGAGUGAUAAUGGAUUCAUGUGACGCAGUUCUGAGGUCACCCACCUGCUCUGAGUCUGAAUAGGGAAAACGCCCUCCAUGCCAAAAGCCAUCUGCUUUUUUUCUUAUGAGCCAAUGGUCACACGGUUUGGAUUUCUGUGCAACUAAGUGCAAGCCUGUUGACUGAAGUAGCAGAAAAAAUAUACCUCCAAAAACUCUGUUCCCAUGGUAAGAUUAAAUACAGAAAUGGGCAUACAGUGGGGAAAAAAAGUAUUUAGUCAGCCACCAAUUGUGCAAGUUCUCCCACUUAAAAAGAUGAGAGAGGCCUGUAAUUUUCAUCAUAGGUACACGUCAACUAUGACAGACAAAUUGAGAAAAAAUAAUCCAGAAAAUCACAUUGUAGGAUUUUUAAUGAAUUUAUUUGCAAAUUAUGGUGGAAAAUAAGUAUUUGGUCACCUACAAACAAGCAAGAUUUCUGGCUCUCACAGACCUGUAAAUUCUUCUUUAAGAGGCUCCUCUGUCCUCCACUCGUUACCUGUAUUAAUGGCACCUGUUUGAACUUGUUAUCAGUAUAAAAGACACCUGUCCACAACCUCAAACAGUCACACUCCAAACUCCACUAUGGCCAAGACCAAAGAGCUGUCAAAGGACACCAGAAACAAAAUUGUAGACCUGCACCAGGCUGGGAAGACUGAAUCUGCAAUAGGUAAGCAGCUUGGUUUGAAGAAAUCAACUGUGGGAGCAAUUAUUAGGAAAUGGAAGACAUACAAGACCACUGAUAAUCUCCCUCGAUCUGGGGCUCCACGCAAGAUCUCACCCUGUGGGGUCAAAAUGAUCACAAGAACGGUGAGCAAAAAUCCCAGAACCACACAGGGGGACUUAGUGAAUGACCUACAGAGAGCUGAGACCAAAGUAACAAAGCCUACCAUCAGUAACACACUACGCCGCCAGGGACUCAAAUCCUGCAGUGCCAGACGUGUCCCCCUGCUUAAGCCAGUACAUGUCCAGGCCCGUCUGAAGUUUGCUAGAGUGCAUUUGGAUGAUCCAGAAGAGGAUUGGGAGAAUGUCAUAUGGUCAGAUGAAACCAAAAUAUAACUUUUUGGUAAAAACUCAACUCGUCGUGUUUGGAGGACAAAGAAUGCUGAGUUGCAUCCAAAGAACACCAUACCUACUGUGAAGCAUUGGGGUGGAAACAUCAUGCUUUGGGGCUGUUUUUCUGCAAAGGGACCAGGACGACUGAUCCGUGUAAAGGAAAGAAUGAAUGGGGCCAUGUAUCGUGAGAUUUUGAGUGAAAACCUCCUUCCAUCAGCAAGGGCAUUGAAGAUGAAACGUGGCUGGGUCUUUCAGCAUGGCAAUGAUCCCAAACACACCGCCCGGGCAACGAAGGAGUGGCUUCGUAAGAAGCAUUUCAAGGUCCUGGAGUGGCCUAGCCAGUCUCCAGAUCUCAACCCCAUAGAAAAUCUUUGGAGGGAGUUGAAAGUCUGUGUUGCCCAGCGACAGCUCCAAAACAUCACUGCUCUAGAGGAGAUCUGCAUGGAGGAAUGGGCCAAAAUACCAGCAACAGUGUGUGAAAACCUUGUGAAGACUUACAGAAAACGUUUGACCUGUGUCAUUGCCAACAAAGGGUGUAUAUAACAAAGUAUUGAGAAACUUUUGUUAUUGACCAAAUACUUAUUUUCCACCAUAAUUUGCAAAUAAAUUCAUUAAAAAUCCUACAAUGUGAAUGUGAUUUUUUUUUCUCAUUUUGUCUGUCAUAGUUGACGUGUACCUAUGAUGAGAAUUACAGGCCUCUCUCAUCUUCUUAAGUGGGAGAACUUGCACAAUUGGUGGCUGACUAAAUACUUUUUUCUCCCACUGUAUAUAAACAUCAUAUGUAAACAUUUAUGUGAAUGUGAUUACCCCCUGACCCCUAAUUGACCUUUGACCUUGUGAACCCAGGCACGGAUACCCAGAAAAAGCUGGUGAUUGGGGGAGAGGCAUGUCUGUGGGGAGAAUAUGUGGAUGCUACCAACCUGACACCUAGACUCUGGUACACCACACAACACCCCAUAAAUAUUAUCAAUAAUAAUCAUAAAACAUCCUUUCUCUCAUCUUUCUCACACAUGUUCAGCAAUGUUAUAGCCUAUACAUUCAUUACUAAGAAGUCUGUUGGUCCCAUAACGUGUUUCUCUCCUAUCCUCAGGCCCCGUGCCAGUGCUGUGGGGGAGCGGUUGUGGAGUGACAGGGAUGUGAGGAACUUAAACGAUGCCUACAGUCGUCUGGCCAAGCACCGCUGUCGCAUGGUCCAGUAUGUCGAGACAUAAAGAUGCAUACUUCUGUUAAUUGCUGUUCUAUUUAAUUCUAUGGUGGCCCCCUGUUAUAGACAGGUGUGUAAAAGAUUAUGAUCAACUCUUGACUGUGGUAUACAAUGUGGCAACUCUCUCUUCCUGUCCUCUCUCUUGACUUGUAACUCUCUCUUCCUGUCCUCUCCUCCCCAGGCGUGGUAUCCCAGCUGAGCCUCUUUUUACAGGUUACUGUGCACAUGAGUACAAAGGG